ACAGGGUUAAUUUAAGGAAUCAUCGUGAUGAUCCUUUUUGUGAAAAUUAGAGUGUGGAAAAGCAGAAGCAUAGUGAUUAUAAUUCAUCGUCUUCUCUCUACACUGCGCCGUUCUGAGUCUUUCUCAAUCAGCCAAAUGCGGAAUUAAUCUUCUGAACUGUACGCGAUAUCGGAGUUCGAAACGAUGUCGUCGGGGCAAGUGGUUAAGCGUGUCAAAUACAAAGCCACCGUCAAAGACCCUGGCACCCCCGGCGUCCUCAGAUUGACUCAAGAAAAGUUCGUUUUCAAGCCCAACGAUCCUACCUCCAACAACAAGCUUGAUGUGGAGUUCAGAUUUAUAAAGAGUCAUAAACACACUAAAGAGGGAUCAGGCAAACCGCCAUGGCUUAACCUUACACAUGCACAGGGAAGUUAUAUAUUCGAGUUAGAAAGUUUUGCAGAUCUUCAUGUUUGUCGAGAAUUGGUGGGUAUUGCCCUUAGCAAGCAUGUGCAAGGAGAAGCUACAAAAGUUAUUUCUGAGGAACAGCUAAGCUCUGCCGAAAUGACUCUCAGGAUAAAACUAUUGCAGGAAGAUAGCAAGUUGCAGACACUUCAUAAGGAACUUGUAGCUAGUGGUAAGCUUACAGAAUCAGAAUUUUGGGCUACUAAGAAGAAAUUGCUGGAUCAAGAUGAAAGCAGAAAGUUAAAACAAAGGAUUGGAUUUAAAAAUUCUCUGAUAUUUGACACAAAGCCUAUGAGUGAUGGACGGAUAAACCAGGUUAAAUUUCAGUUGACACCAGAGAUUAAAUAUCAGAUUUUCGCCCUCAAACCUGCUGUCCAUCAGGCGUUCCUCAAUUUUGUACCUAGUAAAAUGAACGAGGUAGAUUUUUGGAAUAAAUACUUCAAAGCUGAGUAUCUCCAUAGCACCAAAAAUGCGGUUGCAGCAGCUGCCGAGGCUGCUGAAGAUGAGGAUCUUGCUGUCUUCUUGAAAGAUGAUGAGAUAUUAGAAAUUGAAGCUCGAAAGAAGGUUCGACGUGUAGACCCAACUUUAGAUAUGGAAGCAGACCAAGGAGAUGAUUACACACAUCUUCCUGAUCAUGGGAUCUUCCGAGAUGGUAGCAAGGAAAUAUCUGAAGCCCAAAAUUCUCUGUAUAAGAGAACAUUGUUGCAAGAUCUUAAUAGACAAGGUGCAGUUGUUCUUGAAGGAAAAACUUUAGAUAUGGAAAUGGAACACCCAAGAACAGUAGCCGAAAUUCUUGCUCGAAGAAAACAGAAAUCUGAUGAGGUUGUAGGCGAUGAGGAGAGACAAAACAGAAUUUCCAAGAUGACCCCGAUUGAAGAUCUUCAGGCACAAGAUGAUCAUCAUUAUGCACCACUCUGUAUCAAGGACCCUCGUGACUAUUUUGAUUUUCAACAAGCUAAUGCAGUAAAAACUUUAGAUGAUUCCCAACCUGGAAUGGAGCAAAUGACAUGCAGUUUGGGUUCUGAGGAAGCCUAUGGUUCUUUGAUGUCAGCUAUAUCUAAAAUCCAAGCUACUGGAUUAAGGGAUCCUCUCUUUAGUCCUGACGUCGCUCUUAAGGUACUUCAUGGAUUGACUAAAAAUAUCUCAAGCACCAAAUAUCAUCUUGGGAAAACUUCUCAAGAGAGUGUCCUUGAUAUAUUGCCCAAUACUACCAAGGAGAAACUACUAGAUCAUUGGGUCUGCAGUCAGGAAUUGCUUAGGCACUUUUGGUCUUCAUAUCCAGUUACAACUCAAAACCUUGUUAAUAAGACAAGAAGACUGAAAGAUUCCAUAUCACAAAUAUAUUCUAAACUUGAGGAAAUAAAGGUAUCUGCAUCGUCAGACUUACGGCACCAGGUUUCCCUCGUUGUCCAUCCUAUGCAGCAGGCUCUGGAUGCUGCCCUGUUGCAUUAUGACGCUGACAUUAAGAAAAGAAAUGCAAGAGGCUCAAAAAAGUCUAAUGGUUAUGUUUAGGAGAAUGUUUUGGUCUCCCUUCACAGCGACCAACAUACUAUUACAAUUUAGGAAUGUAAGUUCCAUCAAUUUUGCCGUGACCAAAAACCAGAAUGGCUAUUUUAUCUCCAUAUCAUUAUGAAAUGAAUGUCCAUGAGACUUAGUCAGCAAGAGUCUUCCUAGAUUGUUAACAUGUAACCUAUAAUUACUUGUUAACACUGGCCCUUGGAAAAGGACGAGUUAAUUCACAAGUUUCCUGCUUCUUCUUCA